AUGGCUGAGAUGGCCAGUCGCAUUGCGAGUUUAGAGCGCAGCCUUGCCGAAGCAACUACGCAUGGGAAUCUGUCCUGCAACAGCUUCGAACCAAGCACGGCUGCGGAUGAGCACGACUCGCCCAAAGACUUCCUAUUGCACAAGGGUUCGACCGGCCAGUACCUUAAUGAAAUACUGGUAACUCGAGUCGUUGGUAAAGACGAAAGUAUUGCAACUGCUCUUGCGACAUCGCAGCACGAGCAAAGAGAGCUUCCAAGCUCCCCCUUUGAUGCAAUGGGAAUUAUGUCCUCUCCCUGCUAUACCCAGCACCCUUCUGCAUUUCACCCUAGCAAAGCUACUGCUAUCGAGCUUUGGAAUAUCUACCUGAACAACGUUGAAAUCAUCCUCGGACUGAAGUUGACGCACAUUCCCACCGAUGAAGUCAAAGUUUAUUCAACUAUAGAUGACCCUGUCACUGAACAGUUUGACGAUCUUGCAUUUUGCUAUAGUAUUUACUUUGCAGCGGCUGUGUCACUCGAAGAUACUACAUCGCUCUUCUUGGAUAAGACCACUGAACUUGAGCGUUUCAAAAUGGGCAUCGAACAGGCCUUUGCUCAUGGUGACUUUUUUAAUCGGCCAACAUUGACUGGCCUACGAGCUCUAGCUAUAUACCUCUCGGAGCUUCGUCGAAGACUUUGGUGGCAUAUUAUUACAAGAGAUAGCCGGUCCGGGGAAGACUUCGGUUUGGAAGACCCCAAUGAUCUGCUAUCGACGUCAGACGUCAAGCUACCCUUAAAUAUUAAUGAUGCUGAUAUCUUCCCUGAAAUGGAGGAGUUGCCAGUCGAACGGACCGAAUGGACCUGCAUGACGUUCUCGUUGAUCACUGUCGACUUGGCUAAGACUAUGGAAAAGUUCAAAGCUGGCAACGCCUCAGCAUCAACACUCAGCAAAGAAUGGAGAGAAAAAGUCGUUCAAGAAGCGUAUACUAAGAUCAGAGCCAGACUGGAGAAGUUCAACCCAGUAACACCGCACCAACGACUUACGGUCCACUGCACAGACUAUCUUCUACGGAAGCUCGACUUCGUCACGAACCAACAGUGGCUCUUAUCGCAGGAGAGGGAGGUCAAUGACUCCGUACUAAAAGAAGAAACACUUGUCACUGCAUUGGAUAUCCUGGAAGCGAGGACAGCUGGCAAUAAUCCUUUUCUAGCGCAGUUCUCGUGGGCUAAGAAGGUUCAUCCGCAGUACCAUAUAGCAUUAUCUGUUCUGUGGUAUUUGUGCACUAAACCGCAAGGUCCACACGUCGAGCGCGCAUGGCGGGCUAUAGAUAGCAUCUUCGAGCAGGAGAUGGCUUUUGACUUCAUUGGUUGUACUGGAGCUAAACCAGCUGUUCUGAAAGCGCUGAGGAUUAAGGCUGAAACACUGUGGAAGAAUCUGGACUCACCAACCGCAAGGACUGGGCGCAAAACAGACCCUGCUACGUCGACUGAGCUAGAACAUAUGGAGGACCCUUUGAAAUUCCUUGAAGGCUUCAAUUUCGACGACGAGGUUUUUGAAGAUGGAGUUCCAUGGUCAUCGUGGACUUCGCUCCUUCAUGGGCUUCAGGCGGAUCAACCAAACAGUAUCACAAUGGUAACUAUCCUAGUUACUGGUGCAAACCGCGGGAUUGGUUAUGCCAUUGUGCAAGCCAUCGCUACCCGCCUCCCUUCAUCCACCAUAGUGCUUGGGUGUCGCAGAAAGGAUGCAGCACAAGAAGUGAUUGAAUCACUAAUUGAUAGUGGAAUCAAAGGUAAACUCGGCUUUGUUGAGUUGGAUAUUGAGAACGACGCUUCUAUCGAAGCAGCCGUGGCAUCUCUGGAGCGAGAAUAUGGGAAACUGGACGUUCUGAUCAACAACGCUGGCAAAGUUGAGCGAAGAUCAUCAGAUAAUCUGGCGGAUAUCCGAGGAGCAUCCAACUCUUGCUACAACAACCUCAUCACCAGCAACGCUGUUGUUACGCAUGCCUUUGGUAAACUGCUAAGAAAGUGCUCCGAGCCAAGAGUCAUCAUGAUCUCGAGUGCUCGCGGCAGUAUGGCCAGAACAAACAACAAAGAGCUCCCUCCUGUUGCCAACAUUGACUAUUGCGUCUCUAAAGUUGGUCUCAAUAUGCUUAUGCUGCACUUGCAGGCCGCGGAGAACCAUAGUAAUAACGGAACUAAUAUCACUUUCUGGGCUGUAAGCCCAGGACACUGCAAGACGGCUUUUAAUGGCUACAAGGGCAGGAAAGACCCCUUAGAAGGGGCCGAGGCAGUGGUGAGGUUGCUUGAGUCGACCAAGGGGGACAUUGAACCUGGGACAUUUUGGGAGUAUGAGAAUGGUAGCUUUCAGCAAGUUCCUUGGUAA